AUGUCCUCCCUUAUCCCCUUUGGCGAUCCCAUGAAAUCGCAAUUCCUCAUUGAUACAUCCUUCCGCAACCUCAACCACGGAUCCUACGGCACCUACCCGAUCCCCAUCCAAACCACCCAACGCGCAUUCCAAUCCGCCGUCGAAUCGCGCCCAGACCUCUUCCUCCGCCGCACGCACUCCACCCACCUGGACGCCGCGCGAUCCGCAAUCGCAGAUCUCCUCAACGCCAGUGUCUCCGAAUGCGUCUUCGUCAAGAACGCCACCACCGGCGUAAACACCGUCCUCACGAACCUCGAUUUCCAACCCACCGAAGUGCUCGUCUACUUCGAUACGGUCUACGGGGGUGUCGAGCGGGGUCUGCAACAUCUCUCUGAGACGCGGGGUCUACGCACCCAAAAGGUAGAAUAUACGUUUCCGAUCGAUGGCGAGGGCAUCGUGGAUCGGUUCAGGGAGGUCGUGGAGGGUGCCAGACGGGAGGGUAAGACGGUGAAGGUGGCGUUGUUUGAUACUAUCGUGAGUAUGCCGGGGUUUCGGUUCCCGUUUGAGCGCCUGGUCGAGGUUUGUAGGGAGAUGGGGGUUUUGAGUCUGUUGGAUGCGGCGCAUGCGGUGGGCCAGGUGGAGUUGGAUUUGGGGAAGUUGAGGCCGGACUUUUUGACGAGUAAUUGUCAUAAAUGGCUCUACACCCCCCGCAGCUGUGCCGUCCUCUACGUCCCCUUCCGAAACCAACACCUCAUCCGCACGACGCUCCCUCCUUCAUGGGGCUUCAUCCCACGACCAGACCCCUCCACCAGUAACCCCUCACCUACACCCCCAGAAAAAUCCCCCUUCGAAUACCUCUUCGAAUACACCGCCACGACCGACGACUCCGCGUACCUAUGCGUGCCCGCCGCGCUAAACUUCCGCAAGAACGUCUGUGGCGGGGAGGCGCGGAUCUACGAGUACUGUGAAUCGUUGGCGAACGAGGCCGCAGAUUUGGUUGCCGAGGCGCUGGGGAUGGAGGUGUUGCAGGAGCCGGGGUUGGGGGUCAAUGGGGAGGGGAGUUUGUUUCGGAAGUGUGCGAUGACGACGGUGAGGUUGCCGGUUUGGGUGGCUGAGUCUGGGGUACAGGGUCAGGAUCAGGGUCAGGAAGGGGAGAAGAAGGUGACGGUGGAAGAGAAAGAUGGGAAGAGAGUGGCUGUUGUGCCAAGGGCCCUGGUGGCAGCCGUGUUGGGGUGGUUUCGUGAGGAACUGUUCCAGAAGGGCACGUUUGUGCCGGUGUUUGAGUAUCAAGGGUCUUUGUGGACGAGGCUGAGUGCGCAGGUUUACUUGGAGAGGAGUGAUUUCGAGUGGUUGGCUGGUGUUUUAAAGGAGUUAUGUGAGAGGGUGAAGGCGGAGUUCUAG